GAUAAACGCAGUUGGCUGCCCACUGAGGGACACCUUAGUGCCACCCCGCCCACCAAACAGAUCCCACCGACACCCAUCCAGGCCAUUUGGAUCUAGGACCGCUGGCCGCAACGGGACCAGCGUAAAGUUACUCCUACACAAUGGACCGCUUUCUGCUUCUGUUGACCUGCACGCUCGUAUUUAACUACAUACAUCCACAGAGAGGGGCUGAUGCACAGUCGAUGUUCACCAUCAGAAAUAUCAGUAUAUCCCUCGAACCCGAAUCCAAUGUGAUGCGGGGCACCAACGUGACUGUGCGCUGUCAGGCAUUGGUCAGCAUUUCAGGCACAGGGCCACUGAGUCGAGAGUACACAAUCUACAAGGACAGUGUCAUAGUGUACACAAAGACCACCAGCAGCUCAGACGACCUCCUGUACCGCCUCCCUGACGCCAGGGUCUUCAACACGGGCAAAUACAAGUGUAAGAUCAACAUUGAAGGCAGGAAGCUGACCAGCGAGGCCAAGAAACUCUCAGUUACAGGUCUUUCUGCACCACUGCUUCAUUUGAACAACGCGGUCAUCAGUGAGGGGGAGGAGCUAACAGCCAGGUGUACAGCGCCCGGAGAGACGGGCGCCAUCAUUUUCUACUUCUACGAUGACACCAAAGAAAUCCUGGAGGACCGUGUGAACUCCAACCAAUCAGAAGUCAAACUUCGCUUCAACCGUGUCGGCAUCCACAAAAUGUACUGUUCCUACACCGUCUUUGUGACGCCGCAGCCCUUCCUGUCCAGCAAGAGCAACACUGUAACCAUCUCAGUCAAAGAGCUUUCCAUCACGCCAGUUUUGGAGAUUUUUCCUUACAGUAAAAUCUACGAAGGAGACAGACUUGACAUUAUGUGCGGCAUCAGAGACCUCAUGCCUGACAUGGAGGGAAAUGUACACCUCUACCUGAGCCGUGGGACGCAGCUUCUCAGAAGAGGGAACACCAAUGUCAACCACAGCAUGAUCGCAUUGGCCAAGGACACUGAGGAGUUUGAGUGCAGACUGGAGAUGGGAAACGUUGUGAAAGUCGACACAAAAAAGGUUGCAGUGACUGAGCUCUUUUCAAUGCCCACUCUCACCAUGUCUCCAAGUGAAGUCUUUCAAAGGGAAUACAUGACUCUGAGCUGCAAAAGUGACAGCGUCGCUUCAGAGAGAAUCCACAGGGAUGAGUUGACUUACACUUUGGAUCCACCGGAGAGUCUCCUGAUCCCAAAGAGCACAGGCGUGUUUUAUGGCAAAGCCCUGCUCUACGAUUUCAACUACACUUGCAUCGCUCAAGCCAAGGGCAUCAGGAAAUACAGUCAACCAUUGACAGUCCGACCUAAAGUAACCGUGUCGACACCAAAGAUCUCAGUGGUUGGCAGGGCAGUGCUUGGGCGUCCCUUCAAGAUCCUGUGUCAGUCGGAUACAGGCAGCCUACCCAUAAACUACACUUUGCUUAAGGAAUAUCAGCAGCUGAGCGUGGCCAGUGUCAAAAUGCCUUUUGAACAGGCUCUGUUCACCGUCACAGUCAACCACCCUGGCGAAAUCAACAAGUUCAUGUGCGAGGCCAAGAACAGCCAGAGGGAAGCGCCACUCAGCAAAAGAUUAGAUGCCGCUGUUGUUGUGCCGCUGUCUCAUCCGACCCUCACCGUCAUCCCUAACCUGCCGGAAAUUGCAGAGGGAGAUCAUCUAUUCCUUAUCUGUGGCGUAAAGGGCACCCCGCCCAUCACCUUUAAGUGGUAUCGUGAUGACAGCAACAAACCGGUAUUUACCACCACCUCUGACAAGAACAAUACCGACUAUCAGAUUGAAGCAUUGGGUAAAGAUGACAGUGGUACCUACUACUGUGAGGCCCUCAAUCACGCCAACAAUGUCGUCCGCAGCGCACAGGUCACCAUAGAAGUGCGCCUGGCCUUAUGGAAGAAGGUGGUGAUCGGGGGCUUCUGUCUUCUGGUGCUGUCGGUGGUGGUGAUAGUCAUUGUGCUGUGCUUCAGGUCCAAGAGAGGUAAAAGGGAAGCAGCUGCUGAAUUGUCAGUAAAGCCUUCGAGCCCUAAAUCAGAUGACUCUUUAACAGUGAGUCUAACCCGUGACACAGAGGUUAAUAAUGCAGCCCCAGACGGAGUGCCACACUAUGAUGGCAUGGAGGGGAGGGUGACCAAUGGGACACGAGCUAGCGCGGUGUCGCUUCCCACUGACAUCAGCAACAGGAGCAGCUUCAGUAUCCCAGCCACAGUGUAGAGAUGCCCUGCUUUGCAAGGGGCGGGGAGACUCUUUGAAAACAAACUUUUAAAAAAUUGUUUCAAGAAACACAAAAAAAAAAAAAAAAAAAUUUAAAAAAGGGGGGGGGGUUGUUAUUUUUUCUCUGACAAUUUUCUACAUAGAGGGAUGUGAUGAAGAGAAAUGACUCGCCUCCUGCUGCUCCCUCUCCCCUCCCCCUGCAAUCUAGAUGGCCUUUGUUUUUCUUUUUAUAUUUAUAUUUAACAUCACUGUCUAUGUCCUCUGCUUCUUUGUGUGAACGAGUGCAUGUUUUUGAGACUGCUUUGUAUGUUUUUCGCGUCAAUGUUGAAUUCCUUUUAUCAACAUCAGAGGAAAUGUGUGUAUAUAUGUUGGUUGAUUCCUUGAAUUGCUCAAAUUCUUUUAGAAUAAAUAAAUUGGUUCGAUUUA